AUGGCGGACCCGGUACAGGAUUUUUUGGCGCGUGAGAAGGAUGCCCUCGGUGAUAUUGCCAACGAAUUAGGAGGCGAUGGCUCAGGUUGGAUUCCUUAACGCUCAGUGUUCUAUGUGACGUGCUUCUUUAAAUGAGACAUACAGACAAAGUGGGGUGUUGCCAUUUGCUUUGCUGCCUCUUGACUGCCAGCAUUGGCUCUUCCUUCAAAAUAGAACGAAUCCAGCAAAUUACUCGUUUCCGGUUGCAUCUUAUCAAAACCGUCGUUGAGUUGUUAGUAUUUGAUACUAUUCAAACACGAGUUUUAAUGUUUUAGAACAUUAAACAUCGUAAUUAGGAUGUCACUCUCACUCAUAUUUUAUUCCCGCCUCUGCGCGCUUCAGUGUCCGCCACUUAGAUAUUUCUUGGGAGAACUACAGAUAGAUGGCGGGGGAGUCAUCCUUAUCGGGUUGUACCGACGUAGCACCACGUUGUGAUGGUUGGUCUCUGGAAUGUUUUUGGACCCUUUCGUCGCCUUCCAGAAGCUAAGGUUUUGUCGGAUUUCAGAUUAUUUUAUCUGACGUUUCUUCAGUCAACUGAGUGUCCAAUCGUCUAUUUCCACCAUUUUGUGUUUUUGUCACGUACUCUUAUUCUGUGGAAGUAAAGUACCUCGAAUAGAGCACCGACGAUCAGGAUAAUUACGGUGACACUGGUGUGGUUUUGCUCGUUUGGAGGUAAAGUCCAGUUACAUAAAUGCAAAAAAGAAGAUUCAGUACCUUACGUGCGUUUUACUGAUAUUUAACUGGGAUUCACUUUUCCCGUUCCCGUUGUUUGCCUCGUUCCCUAUGCAUGCACUCUGGUAAUGCUCUCGCCGACCAUGCUCAUGCAGGACCACGACCAAACACGAUCGUGGUCGGCAAACGGGACUGUUAGUUCAGGCAUUUAUCCUACCAUUGUCGUGUCCAUCAACCGCUCAAAAUUUCCAUAAAUCUCCUUUAGUUUAGCAUUUUGUCAAUACUGAUGCGUUUUCACUACGCUUAUGGAUUUGUGAUUACUACUAGAAGUGUCCCUGUUUGUCAACCAUUGAUGUGUCGUAAACAUUUGAAGUGCCACGUCCGUACUUGUUUAAAUAGGCACAGUAGUUUCUCUAGUUGAACCAUCUCUCACUUCUGUCUUACACUUGCAAUAAUUUACCAAAUUCGGGAUUAUUUUCGUAACCAAACGGCAUGUGAACUUUUUGAAGAAUAUUGCAUCUAGAGAUCGACCACCUCUUUAAGAUUUCGCCAACAAAGUAGCUACGUUCUCUUUUCAGGAAAAAAUGUGCAAUUCAUACCCAUUUGGGGCCUGCAGUCAUCCAUACUCAGCCAGAAAAUUUUCCCAGCUUGGUUGUCCUUCUUUAUGCUCACUUCAGUUUUGCAUUUUUGAAGGCUAACAGUUUCAUCUGGAGACUGAACAGUUAGUCCGUGCCUUUAUUCGAUUUCCUCACUAAUGUUGAAAAGGUAUGACCUACUCCAGGGUUCGAAGCCAUCUGGCUAAUCAAUAAGUUACUUAAAAAGUACUGGACACCUGAAACGUCGGCGAGACGGCGCCUUGCAUUUCGCUAAGUGCGUUUCUUCAGCCCGCGGGCGUAAGUGUUGCAUAAGGGAACGUCGGGUACCGAAUGCGGACCGUUUUAACAUUGUAAAAUAUGAACAUGAAAAAGUGUUGUCUUCUUAGACGUCGGUUCAUUGGACGAUCUGCGUGAUGCUAGCGAAGCCGUGGCGCAACACCCCUCCUCCCACUCUCCUGCUGCUAGCGGUGAUCAACUGACCCAUGAGAAUGCAACGGCCUCCCAUAAUGAUUUUGUCACAGUUCCUCCGCAUCUGAACGCGGAAGAGGAGGCCCGGCCCAGGUCAUCAGCCUCGUCACACGCCUCCUCUUACCAAAGCGGUAAAGAAAAAGGGCCUGCAACGCCAAUGGCAUCGGCCAUGAUGGAGUCCUGGCGCGCAAACUUUGAGGCAAACAUCAAAGAGCGCGAUGAGCAGGAGGAACGAAAGCGUCAGGAACUGGAAGCUAAUGCCAAAAGGGUUAGCUCUCGAUAUUUUGCCUCCACACGUCUUUAUCAGAUAACUUGCUGUCGGCACUACCUUUAUCCUGUUUGUUUUACAGGAACUUGACACCUGGUACUCAAACUACCGCAGCCAGCUGGCGGCCAGGUCGACAGACAACAGAUCAGAGGGUCCAAAGGACGCAUCGGGCAAGGUCUACAACAGUUAUUCAGGCCCGAAACCAUCUGUUAACGACACACAGGUCUGGGAUAGUGUUUGCAGCAUGUGCGACCUGCAGGUAUAACAUCCGUUUUGUCCCUUUCACUGCCUAGUCGCAUCCGGAAAGUAACGACCUUCCGGGCCAUCUUUUGCUCAAAAAAUCCGUUCACCACGGCCUGUAAAUGAAACGAACAGGCGUUGGGGUCCAAUGUUAAAAACGCCAAGAACUGUGGCCCUCGUUAGUACUUUGAGAGUUUUUCAUGGAACCUCGUCACAGGAUCCGUUGGAUUGUGCGAACCUAGCUCCCCACCAUUCCUAUUUACAAAUCGUCCCCUUACUUAUUGUGAGCUAAGCGCACCACUUAUAGAUAAGUCGUUAGCUGUGUUGGUGUGGCCUGUGUAAAUCCACUUUUCUUCGCGCGCGCUCCGUUUGUUGUUUCGUCGUGGAUCUUGUGCUGCCACGUGCUUCGCCGCCCAUGAUGUCGUGGGGUGUAGGCGGGUGACUAGACAGGGCUUUCAGUUGAUGAUCUGGUGAGAGAUAUGAAAGGUCUAACCAUCUAGUGGUCUCAAAGGCGGAAUAUAAACUGAAUAGGCAAACUGAGGCUCAUUCAUACUCUUAAAAUGCGUGCGUAAAAGUAGGAACAAGUCAGUUGUUUGAGGACCGCAUACAGUCAGUCGAAUGCUGGGUAGUCCUUUAUUAUUAAUCUCCAGAAACUUCCAGGAGCCUUUUUGAUCAUGAUCACCAGCAAGCAUUUACGUCUUAGUCUUGAAAAUGUGCAUUACCCCUGCAUGAUAUGUGAGGACUGCUUUUAGGAGGGCCUUCUAGCCCCUGUCUAGGCACUUAAAAAUGAGCAGCCCUGGUUUGAACUGAGUGAUUGCGCACUGUUGACAAUCGUUAGUUUGAUAAGACAUCUCUAACGGUAUGUACUACUUUAUCAAUAUUACGCUGACACUAUCCGAACUCCCAACCACCCCCUGUUGCCAAUGCAUUUCACAGAGUUGAAUGAAGUCCCCUUCGCCUACCUUGAAUCUUUCCAUGCUUUACACUAGCAUCAAGUCGGAUUUGAUAACUGACUCAGCCAUUUUAUUCCAAGCCCCAAUUAAAUGCGGGGACUGAAUUAUCAGUGAAAAGCAUUUGUCAGGCGAGUAGUUUGCCAAGAUAACCCACGAUUUGCGCAGUUCGGAAGUAGUAAAAAACACAUGCCGCUUCUGACUAGACUCGCACUAUUCUGAGAGGCUACGAAUUGUUCUUCACGCCCUACAUUCACGUUAUCCCAUUAUCAGCAGGGCUCUUUCAUUCUUGUUGCUUUCGAUCUGUGCACGACAGACGGAUGUCUCACAAACCUGUCUACCACAUACGCCAUCCAUUGAGGCCAUAUAAACGGAGUAGUUAGCUAUUAAUAAAUCACUGGGAUAUACAGUAGAUGUGCUAUCCCGUGGAAUGUUAACUUGAGUUCUGGAAUAUGUUUUCAAUUUGAAGCGAUUACUUUCGUGUGGUUGUAACGUUACUUAUAGUGUAGCAUAAUCCUAAGAUAUUUUAGUCAGCAGGGUUAUAAAUUACAUAAAAUGUACACAAAAACAUUCUUAAACCCAUUUGAUAGCAAAUUACGCCCUUUUCAAAUUUUUUACUCGAAGAAAGAGUAUCUUUCGGUUUCAGAAAAGUUUCUUAUUAUAAGAUUUUUAGGACCGUGAAGUGUCCAUACAGCAUCGCCUCAGCACGUUUAUAAAUGCUACUUAUAAGGCAUACCACCUGGUCCAUAUUCAUUGCACAAUUCUACGGGUCCGGCAUGAAGUCAUCCUAACGACCUAAAGAGAUGUGUGAUACUCCUUUGACGGGAUGUAUACAGUUUGGGAACCGUGAGUGCAAGUAUAAUGGCAGGCAAGAUGUUAUUACCGAAAAAUACAAGGGAGACUGAAACUGCAAUUUCAGGCUUAUUAGCCGUCGUCAGCCAGUCAUACCCAACGCCGAAGUGGGGAACUCGAUCCCGCGACCCGUUACUUAGCAGUCCAACGCCUCUGACCACUGAGUCAAGCGCUCGUUGUCCUGUCGGUUUCGAUCGGGAAUGUACGAUGGUAGGGGGGCGCUCACCGAUCGUUCUUACAGAACUCACUCGUUCCGUUGUGCCUUACGGGCUCCCCCUCUAUUCAGCCCAACGAACAGCCGCACAGCGGCGCAUGAUAUAGGCAGGAUGUUAUUACCGACAAAAACAAGGAAGACCAGUAGGUAUGGCAAAAAAUUAUUCGGAGGUUGAAAAAGUUUUUAAAAACCGGAAAGUGCUGUCCAAGUAGAAAAUUUGAAGAUGUACUUUGCAACAAAAUGAGUACAAGAGGGAAUACUUUUGUGCAUGUUUUCUGUGUAAUAUAUUCGAGCUUAUAGGGACAUCGGAACUCAAUGGGAGGAAUUCAUACUACUUAAGUAGUUCUUAUAGACGACCGAAAAGAAGCCCAUCUAUAAGCCUGGAUCCCGGUGUGACUGAAAUAUCGUAGGAUUAUGCUGCACAAUAGUAGCUAUUACAACCCUACGUAAGUAAUCGUCUCGAAUCGAGAACACGUUUCAGGAUUUCAUGGGCUAGCACGUCAACUGUACUCCCUGACAUACACAUAAAAUCUUUAGCCAUCCACCAGUUCCGACCUUGUUUCCCCCUAGUCCAUGUUGUGCCGCCGAGACCUUAUAUCAUGAAUUUUCUGUCAGUAAAACCUCUCAAUCCGCCCCGCCUUUUCUUCGUUGUAGGCAAAAAACAGCAAGAGUGCCCAUGAUCUUACUCGGAUGCGUGGCCUCCUCUUGAAUUUGAAAACGCCGACGUCUGCUUCCUGA